AUGCAGAACAUAAUAGAAGUUUUAAAUCAGAAUAUUGAGGCGGUCGAUCGCGGUCCAAUAUCUUUUUAUUUGGGUAUGGAAGUAGAGCGCGAUGGUGACCGUGGUGAUCUAACGACACAUCAAACACGAUAUGCUACGGAACUUAUACGGCAGUGGGGCAUGACAGAUUGCAAACCAGCGGCAACUCCAUGGGCUCCAGGGACGAUACUUUGUGAAAAACAUUGUGGCAAUCUGGAGACAAAAGCGUACCAAAGCUUAAUUGGUGGGCUUAUGUACCUGGCUAUAAUCUCUCGCCCGGAUAUUCCGCAUGUGGUAUCAAAGUUGUCUCAGUAUAACUCGCAUCCGCAUAAAGAGCAUAUGCAAGCUGCUAAAUACGUGCUUCGAUAUCUGAAGAAAGCUCCAAAUGACGCAGACUGGGGUAGCGAUAGUAUAGACAGAAAAUCGUACACAGGUUAUUUCGUUACGAUGGCUGGUGGAGCUAUAGCUUGGGAGUCAAGAAAGCAGUCUGUGGUUGCGUUAAGCUCAAUGAAAGCAGAGUACAUCGCAUUGUGUCAAGGUGCAAAAGAGACAGUUUUUCUACGUGGUAUGCUUUGUGCGCUGGGUUACACGGACUAUACAAAAGGUUAUAUACGGUUUUAUGCCACAACCAAAGUGCUCAGUUUAUGGUGA